AUGUUUUGUUGCAAAAGGAAAAAUCACUCACGAAAGUCUGGCACUUCGUCAUCACAGGCAGCUGUCUGUCCAGGUCACAAUCAACCAUGCCGAGGUUUCCUCACUGAGGAUCGCCAACAAACCAAUCCAUCUUCUCAGUCUUCUAAUGAUCAUCGUUCCAAUUCUGCUCCUCAAAUCCAUGUCGUCGAAGAUCUUCCAUGCCCUGUAUCGUUCUAUCCAAAUAAUGUCUAUGGUCAAGGAUUAGAAAGUGAUUGGGGGAAUCGUGUCGACGUAAGAAUGAACAUGAUUUUGGAUGGGCCCAAUUAUCAUUCUCCCAUGAGGGAUCCGACUGUUCCUCUACCUCCUGGAGCAGUAGUGGUUCAGAUCAUUCAACCUUCAGCACCUCCUCUAUCGCCACCACAUCAGCCUCAACAACUAUCACUUCCUCUGUAUCCACGAUUACCACCGUUAGACCAGAACUACGCCGAUCAACAAAUGGCUAUUCAAAAAUAA